AUGAACUGCAUUGGCCACUGCAAUUUCGAGUGCAUACCAACCUGGGCACAGGCCGGUCCCCUCAAGUACUUCCUCUACACCUCUUCAUACCAUUCCUUGCAUCACAGUAAGUACAAGUACAACUACUGCCUCUUUUGCCCGAUUUGGGAUUACUUGGGCGGCACGGUGCAUUCGACCACGGACUCAUUGCACAAGGAGGUCUUGGGCCAGAAGGAUCGCCAGCUCGAUGUUGUGUUUCUGGCGCAUGGCCAUGCCCUUCACUCCAUGUUGCACCUUCCAUGGUUGUCUCCUUUCCUGUGUUCGCAUCAGCACGAGCAGCGUUGGUGGAUGCUUCCACUGCAGCCCCUGACCUUUCUCUGGGUGCUCUUCUGCCGCCACUGCCUGUCGACGGCUUGCGUGCAGCGUUAUCACUAUCGUAGCACUCAGUGUGCCACGUGGUGCCUGCCCGUAACCGGCCACUUCUACUUCAUGAAGUCGCACAGGAAGCCGAUCUUUGACAUGGUUGUGAAGGCGGUCAAAGAUGCAGAUGAUGCAGGUGUUAAAUACUUUGGCUUGGGGGCCCUGAACAAGGCUGAGUUCAUCAACCAAGGAGGUAAAGACUUGCUGCCCUUGCUUGGCGACCGCAAGAUUCGCAUUGUGCACGGCAAUACCCUCACUGCCGCUGCUGUUUGGCAGGCACUCCAGGAGCACACGCAGCCGAAGGACGAGAUUGUCUUUGCCGGCUCCACGUCGAAGAUCGGUCGUGCCCUCUGCAUCCUCAUGGCUCGGCGCGGCCACAUGGUGCGGAUGAUCACCGGCUGCGAGGAACGAUUCCAGAAGAUCAAAGGAGAGGCUGGAGAGUUUGGCAAGAACCUCGUGAGGGUGCAGACGUAUGAAGAGGGUGUUGGCUGUGGCGUAUGGAUCCUGGGCAAGUGGAUGGAGCCAGAGCGUAUCCAGGCGCUGAUCCGGCCUGACUCACUGAUCAUCGACUUUGCAGUGCCUCACGUGAGCGAGGAAGUUGCAAAGAAUUUCCGCUACGUAAACGGCGCGGCUUUGAGCUACAGUCCGAAAGAGACAGACCUGACCUUCUGUCAUGAUGUCCCAAACACGGUGCCAGCAUGCUUGGCGGCGACGGUCAUCCAUGCCAAGGAGGACACGCAGAGACACGAAGUUGGCGAGGUCGAGGUUGACGAAGUGGAAGGAUGGUGGGAAAAGGCUUCUCGCCACGGCUUCCGCCUCGCAUACCGAGACUCAAAGGGACGCCGGGCAGGGUGCUGA